AUGUUAACCGAAAAGGAGACUAAAAUAUUUGCAUUUCUGUUUAAGAUCCUGAUCCUUUAUCAAUUCACCAUAAAAUAUAAAGUGUCGCCAAUAACACUGACUGGCAUUACUACAAGAGUUAUAGAUCCAAAUAUGGUGGAACAAUUAGAAUUUAUAUUGAUAGAACAUGGUGGCAUUACAAAAUUGAAUGGAACUGCUAAACAUCGUGGUGAACUUCAGUUUAUUGAAUCUGAAUUGAGCAUCGAUUUGGAACGACAACCAAAAAAACAUGCGCGUAUUUUUUAUAUGAAGGUGGACGGUUGUAAAUUUCUUAAAGCGAAAUAUAAAAAUAAUCGUUUACUUGAAAUGGUUCGAAAAGGUUUGAUACAUUCACAAAGUUUUCUCACAAGCUGUCCCCUCCCACCGCAUCACGCGUUUAAAGUUGAGCUAUUAGAUAUCAGUGAGAUGUACCCACAUUUCUUGCCCAAUGUCACGUUUCUCAUGACUGGAAAGGUAUAUACGCGUGGACAUUUGCUAUGGGAAAUGCAUGUAACUGGUUAUUCAAAAGAUGGCAAUAAGACCAAGAAUAGUACUGUAUAAAGGAGAUUAUAUAAGCGAAGCA